ACUUCGUUUGGCAGCAAGACUUUUCUGCAAGUUCGAUGACAGAGUCAGAGGGUUAUAUUGGAUUCUUUUUUGUAGCUGUCUCCUUUAUUCGAGAAUAAGCAGUCUUCUCCGUGAAAGGACACUGUGAACUAAUACAAUGGAAACAGGACUAGGAACAGGUCUAGGUUAUGGGAUCAAUAAAUCUAUUGUUCAUCCUGGAAAGGGCAACCUCCCUCUUUAUCCUGAUGGUACAAAGGUAACAUUUCAUUACAAGUGCAGCAAGUGUGAUGAGGAAGAGACUGUGAUUGAAGACACAAAAAAGGUUAAGAAGCCCAUGGAGCUCCUGACUGGCAAAUCAUUUAAGUUUGAACUUUGGGAGAAUGCACUGAAGACCAUGCGACCAGAUGAAGUGGCUGACUUUGUAUGUGACACACAGCACCUUGCAUCUUACCCACCUGUUGAAGCCAAGCUUCGUGCUUUCCGCCAUGGUAAGAAAAUUGAGGAGGAGAAGCACUGCUGCGGCAUGGCCCAGGUCCACCAAUCCGGUCUAGGCUACGAGGACUUGGACUCCCUCAUGAAGGACCCUGUGCCACUCCGAUUCACUAUGGAGGUUAUCAGUGUGGAGGAGCCUGGACAGCAUCGUUUGGAAGCUUGGGCAAUGAAUGACGAACAGAAGAAAGCUGUCUUGCCUAAGCUCAAACAGGAAGGUAACCGUCUAUACAAAGAAGGAGAGUACGAGAAGGCAGCAGAGAAGUAUGCUGAAGCCCUUGGCUGUCUUGAGAACCUACUUCUGCAUGAGAAACCCAAUAGUGCAGAAUGGUUAGAUCUUGAUGGGGACAAGAUUCCAUUCUUACUCAACUUUGCUCAGUGUAAGCUCCAUAUGAAGGAGUACUACCAGGUCAUUGAACAUACAACAACAGUUUUGGAGAAGGAAGACGACAACGUGAAGGCACUGUACAGGAGAGCAAAGGCACAUUCUGCAUGCUGGAAUUUCCGAGAAGCUCGACAAGACUUUGGUGUAGCAUUGAAGCUUGAUCCUAAGCUUGGCGGAGCCAUUCGGAAGGAACUAGCAGUGAUCGAAGAAGCAGAGAAAGCCAAGGAUGAAGAGGAUAAAGCCAAACUUCAGAGCCUCUUUACCAAGUGAGAAUGGAAUGUAUCAUAAACUUUACAAUUGGACGUUUUACCUUUUACCAGCUCCAGUGGACUAUUGAAACAAAUAUCGGGCAAAGCGAAGCAUCAUCCUUAUUUCUCUGAGUAAUGAAGAUAUUACUAAUAGGCCUUAUAACUGGAUGUAGAGAGUACAGUGUUGAGUCAUAGCCAUUCAUCUCUCUGGAUACUACUUCUAGUUCAAGCUUUGAAAAUCUAAAGUAAAAUAUGUUGCAGUGGCUGCUAACAAUACAAAUUUCUUGGUUCUAUAACCAACUGAAACAUACAUGGUGCAAGGAUUUUUCUUUCGGACCCAUUGCUAUAUUCUAACAAUAGACUGAAAUCAUAACCUCUAAAUACCUUUGGUUAACUGAGUCAUACUAACACUGAUUGUCACCUGAGACUUUUGUCAUACUGCAUGUGAAGGAUGUAUUGUCACUCUGACAUUACAUUGUUAUUGCUGAUUGGAUGACAAAACCUUUAAUUACAAAAAAAAAAUAAUUGUUCAGGAGAGUAAUAACUGUCAUGACUUCAUAUGUAAUGGAAUAGUCUUCCCUCUGACACAGCAUUUAGAUAGAGGGUUUGAAAUGGUCCACAAAAUGUAACGCAAGAGGUCUUAUCUCCCCUAGGACAUUACCCUUCUAAUAUGGUCAUUGCCAGCAAUAAUCAAGGCCAGCACUUGUGAGUUAUAAGGCUGCUUAAAUUAGGAAUUAGUCGAUUCAUUGGGAUAUCUUCAGAUUUUUUGGAUGUUGCAAAAGACUGUGGAUUUCAGGAAGACAUGUGAAGAUUCAGGCAGUUGUAUUCUACAAACCUGAGGACAUCAACAUGCUGCCCAAGCUUUGAACCACUUGCUUUGUGAUACUGAUGACAGUGCUUUAUGAACCAGAUAGCAUGUUGGUCUUCAAUUAUUUCUUUUGAUAAUGUACAAACUAUUAUGGAUUCUUUGUGUAUUGUGAUUGCUUUUUGUGCUCCUGUGAUGUUUUUGAAAAUCUAGCAAAGUCUUGCCAUAGCAGGUAUGAUUGUGUUUCAGCCCAUUUAGAACAGCAUCCUUGCUAAAAUAGGCCAAAGUAGAUUUUACAUGUUCCUUAUGUACACUGUAUGUAUAGCUCAGUGACAUCUUGGGGGAAGGGGGCAAGGGGCCAAGUUGCAGUGCAAAGGUGAGUUGUGAACAGAUAUGACAGCCUGUACAGAAGAAGAUGGUCUUGAAUCAACCCCCUUAACAUUUUCUGCGACCUUUCCGCUGCGAGAAAUUUUUCGACUGCGCCAGCCGCUGACUUUUUACUUUGAAGUCUCAUGCAUCUUUUCAGACCCGAAAUUCUCGCUACCCCAAAUAGGAACAAAAAUCUCAUAAUGCGCGAGACGAGAUAAUUUUCACUCCGUCGGGUCGUCAUCACCACUUCCGGUUCAGAGUCAUGCAUGUUCGCGAUACUGAGUUUUCCACCACGCAGAAAUCGAUGCCAAUCAGAGUAAUAUGUACAGAUUAUAAUACUUUUUAUUUAAUUUGGUCAGUUUUGAUUCCAUUUGAAUUAUAAAUAAAAAUAGAAAAUAUAUUACGCGUGAAAAUAAUUUUUAUUCAUGUUUUUAUUUGGUUAUAAAAAAAUAAAACAAAAAAUGAAUAUCUUAAAAUUUUGCAUUUAGUGACCGGCCUGACAUUACGAUCGUAUUCGACUAGACGCUAAAUAUAUACACUACAGCAUUCAUUCCGUUCAAUUUUUCGUUGACCACAAAAUGGAUAAAAAAUAAGUUUCGGAAUUAAAAAAAAUCUUAACUGACAGAGGAAUACCGUGCAAUAGAAAGCGUCGGGCAGAAUUAGUGACUUUAACAGAAAAGGCCGUUAAACUGUAUCGUGAAAGAGAGGGUUGUGAUCACGAACUUUCCGAGCAAAAGCGACGUUGCGUUGUUGUGGAUGACGGCACUGUUGAUCUGAAUGGCAAAACAGUGCAUUGGACUUCCGAACAGGAAGUUGUAAUACCGAAAAGCUAUCCCAUAAUGCAAUGCGCGUUACAGGGAUUUUUCGUGGAUCUCCACGAAGUUGCUAUUUGGGGUAACGAGAAUUGCUCCAAAACGUGAUUCUGUGUACAAAGUCAAUGUAAAUUGAGUUAUCUCAUACUGACAUCAGUUGAAAUUAAUGGAUUUUAGAAUAAUUACUAUAUGCUUCAAAAAGCUUCUGCUAUAAAUUUGGCGAAAAAACAAAGAAAAAUGAAAGGUAAAAAAAGAAAGAAAUACAUAAAAAAUUCAUUUUCAAACCAGAAUUUUUUUAAUUUAUAAUUGUUAGCAAUGGUAUAAAGAAUAUUAAGACCAAAAAUUAGCCUUCUAGGAGCUAUUUUUAGUGAAUUAGUGCAAAAAGUAUGAUUUCCUUUUUAUGCUAAUUUAUGGAUAAAUUAGCAUUAAAAAAAUCUUAUUAUUUCCGAAAAAUUAACCAGACAGCCUUGUAGAUCACAUCCCCCACUAUUAUCAUGCCAAUUUUCAUGGCAUUCACGUGAUUGGCGGCUGAGAUCUCAAGGGGGGUUGAUUCUUAGUGACCUGCAAUGAUUUGUAAACUGCAGUCCUUUAAUGCAUUGAGAAUUACAAGUGGUUCACACUGAUUGGCUGAAUAAAAGUAUUUUAUCUGUUUUCUAUGCAUGCAUUUAUUCUGUCAUCACUGUGCAUACAAUUUUACACGUAUAAUAUGAUGCAAGUUCAAUUUUGCCAAAGUUAUGAGUUUUUCAGUGAUUUCAGAUGCAAUACAAGUGAAUAUUAACCUAAUCAACAGGUAUCUGUCAUCUAUCCAUCAACCUAACUACUAUCUACUUGAUUGGACUAAAGUUAUCAUUAUUUUAAUCAUUUGAACGCCGAUGUCAUAAUGAUUAUAUAUUUCUUGGAAUUUUAAUUAUGUGUAGCAAGGAAAAUACCCUAGUUACUGAUUUUUUUCAUCAUUUGAUACAAGGCAAAACAAAGUAAAGAACAAUAAAACAACUUCCCCUUUAAUAAAAGAUUAAUUCAAUGAAGGAUAAAAAAAAGAAGAAAAACAAGAUUUGAGCAAUUAUAAGAAUGAUUGAUAGAUAUAUGGACAGAAUAAAUGUGUUCACUCAG